UCACAACACCUCCUUCCUUAUUCUUCUUCUUAUCAAUCUGUUUUGCCUUUGUACCUUUUUGAGUUUUUUGCGAUUAACAUUAUUUCGUAAGUUUGAUUUGUAUUAUCAUAUAGUGAUUUUGAAAAUACUUCGUAGUAUUAACGGAAAUACAGUUUGUUUGCAGACGGCAUUCCAAAAGUUCACACUUGGGUUACGGUGGAAUGGUUAUACGGAAGAGACCGGAAGGGAGGGUUGCUACGAGACUGAACCUUAAAGAUCCGCAUCGAAUUUGUACUGAGGUUACUUGCAUGGGUGGCACAAGGAGAGUUUACAGUAUGGUGUAUCGAUAUCCAAACAGACAAGGCGUGGCGUUGUGCCAUGAGGAAUUCCUCAUAACCACUCAGGCGGAAGUAGAUUCCGUGGUUGAAUUUUUGACCACCAAUAACAUUUCCAAAGCAGAGAUGUUCAUUUACACCAAGCCGGUCGAAGGCGCUUGAGGUUAUUAUGGAGAAGGCCAAACAUCUGGUAUCCACGGUGGAGGGGGAUUAUAUGAAGAUUAUCCCUACCAAAGCUACCAUGAUCGUCAUUCCUGCAAUGAUUAUCAAGAAGGAGGCGGAGGUCAUCAUCAAUCCUUUCCAUCAUAUGAAGAAGAAGUCCAAGUAUGACUUUCAUGCAGGCAGUGGUAGUUAUCACAACUACCAUUACAGAGAUGAUGUUGGUGCCUUUCAUGAUCUUGAUGAGAUGGAAGAUGUCCUCCCAGGACCAUUCGGCAAUUCCGAGGAUGAAGAGAGGAAGGUGAUGUUAGUGCAGACAGCUUCGACCCUCUUGAAGGUGUCGAUGAUUCAGUCGCUGCUUUAGACUCAGAUGAUGAUUAGGUGUCUCGUGAUCGGGUACGUAUCCCGUACUACCACCAUAUUCCAAAUGAAGAUUGGUAUGUUGAUGCCGACGUGGGGCCGCCAGAGGUGCCAGUAUGCGUCCACUCACUAGGUUUACGAAGGGUCAACAAUUUGGUACAAAUAAGGAGGUGUGGCACGCUAUUGAAACCGAAGAAAUGACUCAGAUUUUUGAAUGGUUCACAACUCAUUCCGACACGAAGAGACUCAUAGUUAGAUGCCAAAAUCAACACGAUGGGUGCAAGGCUAGGGUCCGGGCUAUCAAGAGCAAGAGAGUCAGGCAUUGAGUCAUAUCUCGUGCGAUGAACACUCACACUUGUAUGUCAUCCAUAACAUCCCAAGGCCAUCGACAGUUGAAAUCCAGAGCGGUUUCUGCGGCUAUCAAGCAUCUAAUUGAGCAUCAACUCGACCUGAAGAUUAAAGCCAUCAUCGGCGACAUUUCUAGUCGUUAUGGAUAUAUUAUUAACUAUAAGAAGGCGUAGCAUGGAAAGCAGAAAGCAAUUGCUGCCGCGUUUGGCAACUAGGAAGAAUCAUAUGCAUUCCUUCCUAAGUUGAUUUUGGCAUUGAAGGCGUCUAACCCUGGCAUGGUUUUCUCCCCCCGCUACCAAGAUGAAGAAAUUUAGCCGCCAGAGCCCAUUAACAAACGCCAUUUCAAACGUCUUUUCUGGUCCUUCAAGCUAUCUAUUGAUGUUUUUCCCUUCUGUGUACCUGUGAUACAAGUGGACAGCACGUUCCUUACCGGCAAGUACAAAGGCACUCUCCUUAUUGCCAGUGGAGCAGAUGGAAAUAGACAAGUCUUCCCUUUAGCCUUUGCCAUUGUUGAGGGGGAAAAUGUCGAUACCUAUGGAUGGUUUUUCCGGCAAAUUCAUCUCCACAUCACCAGGAGUACGAACCAGACAAUCAUCUCUGAUCUUCACGCCGGGAUCAGAGCCGCCAUUUUAGGAUUGGAUCCAGCCUGGAAGUGGAUUCAGAAGUGGUGCAUACGACACUUCAAGAGCAAUUGGAACCGUCAUUUCUAGAGGAGGAAACUUGUUGAUAGUCUAUGGCGGACCUGUAAGCGUUUUUACCACAUUGGCCAAUUAAUUUUGGGUUAAAUACACUUGUAUAUCCAAAACUUUCACGGUUGUGCCAAUAAUAUCCAAAUUUCCCUAAAUACCACUUAUAUCCAAUUCCUUCACAUUCUUUAACGAUGUUUUUGGAUAUACAAGUAUAUUUAACCAAAAAUAUAUUGGGAAAUGGAUAGAUUUGGCAAAGAACAACUUUAAAACGUGGAUAUAAGUGGUAUUUCGGAAAAUUUGGAUAUUAUUGGCACAACCGUGAAAGUUUUGGAUAUACAAGUGUAUUAAACCUUAAUUUUGAUA